AUGCUGCCUACGCCGUCAACAUCUCACGUGGACACAAACCGCAUAUAUGAGCCAGCAGAAGACUCUUUCCUUCUGUUGGAUACGCUCUCCUCAGAAGCAGAGACGCGAUUUCUCACGCAGCGAUUUGCCGGUCAUCAACCGACAGGACAUUAUGAUGAUUCACAUCCCUCACCGCUAGUCCUCGAAGUCGGUUCAGGCUCUGGCGUAGUCCUCGCCUUCGUUACUGCUCACGCCCACGCAAUAUUCGGCCGUGCUGAUGUCAUCGCCCUAGGCACUGACGUGAACACCUUUGCCUGCGAGGCUACCAAGCAGACAGUGACGCAAGCGUGUCAGGCGACCAAGGAAGAAGAUGUCGAUGGCGCGGGCAUUUUGCUCGCAACAUUGAGCGCAGACUUGGCCAGUCCGAUACGAGACGGAAUAACCGAUUUGCUAAUCUUCAACCCGCCAUACGUGCCCUCCCCCGCCGUGCCCGAGCUUAAAUAUUUCAAACCGGGCACAGGGAUCACUGAUACCGAAUGCACUUCACGGACAUUUGAGGAGGACUCGCACCUGCUACAAUUGUCGUAUGAUGGAGGUGUGGAUGGCAUUGAGGUCACCAACAGGCUUCUGGAGCGGCUUCCCGAUUUGUUGAACCUUGCGAGAGGCACAGCUUACAUAUUACUCUGCGCACAAAAUAAACCCGGAGAAAUUAUGCAACGUGUAAGGGGGUGGGGCGACGCAUGGUCGGUUGCUGCUGUGGGUCAUUCAGGGAAGAAAGCUGGGUGGGAGAAGCUCCAGAUCAUCAGAAUCUGGCGUGGCUAG